AUGAUCAGAGAAUGGGAGAAUGGCUGUCAGAAGGUAGGAAAACAGAGGACCCAAGAAAGGAAGGCUGCAGAGGGAAUGUGGAAUAAGAACGGAACACCAGUCAGAAUAUGUACCAUGAGUGAUUCCUUUCGGGAUAAAGACUCCCUGUGCUGCCAACGGGGUCUGUGUUCGGCUUCGCCAUUGGAGAUAUGGACCAAAUUCUACAAAUCAGAUCCACGAGUUGCCCUCGGGAAAUACUCCCCCUUGGAAAAAGAGAUCCUACGUCUGGGUGGUGUUCACACCGUAGCAGCAAAACGGCUUCUGACACACAAGCAAGAGGAAGAGUGGAAGAUGCUCAAGGAGCUCCAAUCACUGUCUUCGGACUACAAGCGGGCGAUGGACUAUAGAACACAGCAUUCCCCUCCCUGUGCCACCUGUAGGCCCCUCGAAAAAAUAUGGACCGCAAAGGUGAUCGUGCCCCCAGAGGAGUUAAGAAUGCCACAGCGCGAGAAGCUCACCAUCAUCAAGCACAUAGAACGGAUGCAGCUUGCUCGAGCCCUGAGAAACAGGCAACUCUUGCCCUACAUUGAGAGGUUUCGGGGCUCUUCCUUUCUGUCCAGAGGGGGCCUGUGCCCAAAGGCGAAAGACAAGACGAGGGAAGACGAGGAUGACAAGGACUCUGAUUUCUACAGUGACACCAAGCAAGAGGCGAGAAGCAACGCAGAGAACACAGCCAUAAAAAGACAAGAAAUAAACAUGAACAUAAUUUUCAAGUCAGAGGAACCAAAAAAGUGUUUCACACACCAGCCAAAUGACCAGAAACCAUUCUUCCCCACCAAGAAAGUGGAACGCUCCAUCACGGGCUUAACCAACCGGAAUCUCCUCCCCGUAGCUGAAUUCCCUGGCGACCUAAUGCUGAUGAAUCAGGAUUUCAUAUCCCGGGGAGCCCACCCCACUGAGGGGACGAAGGUCAGCCUCCCAGGGGAAGAGAGCGUCUGGAAAGAGUACACGCACAGAGCCGCUCAUCAGGAUUAA